AUGCCAUUUUCGUUUCUUACGCAAACGCUUGAAAGCCAAGAUUUCAAAAUGAACGCUGGACACCAAAUGAGGGGUCAUCUCACGAUCAAGAAUCCCACUCAGCCACGACUAGUUUCCCGGUUCCCCUUAUUCUUUCCUCGUCUCGUCGCUCGCUUGAUCCCAAUCUUCCUGAUUCAUUCCUCAUCUGAUCAAUCCCAUCCCGUACAUAUCGAUCCUGAGAAAGAUUUGGAAAUACCUAUUGAUAUUUCCUUGAACUCGCCGUAUCCACAAGUUCGCGCCACGGUGCGUAAUACAGACGAGGAAUCUCUUCCAUGUAACACGACUAGAGCAUGGUGUAUUUGGUCAGCGCUUACGACGGUGGGAGGGGGAGUGAAUUGUCUGUUUAGUUUGAGGAGUCCGAGUAUUGCUAUUACUAGAGUUUAUACCGAUGCGAAUCCCGAACAGUGCGUACAACUGGUCACCUGGCCCCUAGGCAAAGCCUGGGAUCUCGUCGUGCCAGACUGGAGCUGGAAGAUUCGCCUCCCCGAUUGCGGAGCUCGAAUGUGGAAUUUUCAGUUGAAAGAGGGGAAGUGGAAUAUGAAGGAACAUGCGAUUGUGGUUGUGAUGGCGAAUGCGGGGUAUGCGGGUGCGUCGACAUAUGCUACUGAUAUACUUAUUGCGCGACAGGUGUUUUAUGGGCAGAGAUGGAUAUUUCAACUCCUGUUUGCGGUUACGAAUCAAACGUUGGGGUUUGGAUUGGCGGGUAUUUGUAGGAGGUGGUUGGUUUGGCCUGCGGCGAUAAUUUGGCAAGGUGUUUUGGUUGAUUGUGCGUUGACUCCCUCUGACCCAGCAAAAACAAAUGGUUGGAGUAUAUCGAAAUAUAGAUGGUUUAUGUAUAUCAUGAGUGGUUCAUUCACAUGGUAUUCCUUCCCUGGCUGGAUCUUUCGAGGCCUAUCAUACUGUAUAUUUGCAUGCUGGAUUGCACCGCAAACCUCAGUUGUCAAUCAACUAUUAGGUGGGGUGACGGGCUUGGGAUUAAUUUACAUCACGUUUGGUUGGACUGUUGUGAGUGGAUAUUUGUAUUCGCUAUUGAUACCUCCCUGGUAUGCCAUCGCUAAUACUCUGAUCGGUCUCUUUGUCUUCGCCAUCAGCUCACUAGGUGUCCAUAAUACAGGAAAGUGA